AUGAGGCUGGACUGCCCUCAAGCAACGAGGAAAGGUCACUGUACCCCAAAGUGGGGGGAGGUGGUAGUGGCCUUUAGGGCCAGGGCUGAGCACCCCAACAUCUCCCACAGGCCUCAGCGGUCUGUUCCUUAAGAAUUUUCAGGCCCUCUAGAACUCUCGCAGCCAUUUUCCGGCCUGGUGGAUGACUAUGGGAUUCGACCCAAGCACCCCUGGCCACGAGGGCCUCGACCCCUGCUCUCCCAGGCCCAGCAGCGCAAGCGGGACGGGCCAGACAUGGCAGAGUAUUACUACGACGCACACCUGUGACGGGAGCCCCUUAUAAAGCUAUUCUGGGCAGCAAAGGCUCGGCCUUUCCUGGGAUGGACACCAC